AGUGCCCCGUGUGUCAGAACUCCUCUGGACUCUACUCUGAGCAGGAUCGGAUCACAGUGACAUUAAUGCAAAAUGGAUGUGAAGCUCCUGGCGGUUGUGACUGCACUGAUGGUGAUGAUAUAUGCAUCUCCAAUACAAGGAAAGCCCAUUAGUCUGGUGGAGAGAUGCUUCUGUCGUUUAACAGUCAACAACUUGCCACGAAGCUACAUUCGAGAACUCAGGCUGAUCCACACACCCAACUGCCCCUUCCAAGUGAUUGCCAAGCUGAAGACAAACAAAGAGGUGUGUUUGAACCCAGAGAUCCAGUGGCUGAAGCAGUACCUGAAGAACGCUUUUAACAAGAUGAAGAAAACCAAGCCAGGCAACUAAAAGAACUGCGGAAGUCCUCCUGAGCUGCCGCUUAGGAUUUGGACCGUCAUCACAGAUAUGUAACAUGAUACCAGAUCAUGUGUUAAGUUGUACAGCACUUACUCCAGCUGACACACUUUCGCUUGGAUCAGCUUAAAAGUCUUCAUCGUGAACACCAGCCUACUAGUACUGCCGCAUCCUUUGCCUUCCCCACUUCAUCUGACCACUUAUAGAUAUAACAAAUAUUAGUGCAAAGUGCUAUUAUAUCUGUGAGUGUAUGCUUUCCUAACCUUAGUGUAUAUACUAUUUUGCUAAUGGACUUUAAAAGUAAAGAGCUAUUUUUGGAGAUUUUGACGUUCCUUUGGCCUCUUUGAUAUUUUGGAAAUAGUGAAGACCCCAGGGUGAAGGGGCUUAAAGAGGGAUGAUGUGUUAGAAGGUUUCUCCAAAACAAACUUUAUUCAGCAUCCCAUUUGUAAGGAACACCAUUUUUGUGGUCUGUGGAUCUGUUUAUCUUGAUUGUGCCAAAGCUCAGAUCACACAAACUGAUGCAAAAUGUAUAGGCUCUCGGUUAAAUAAAUGAUCGGUUUAAGUUAAUUGGCACCAAGGAAUGUAAGUGAAUGCCAGCCCAUCCCCCAGACUGAAUAUAAGAUGCAAGCAAGAGCCUAAUAAAAAUAGCAAUUACAAUGUUUUUGUGAUGGAAAUUAAUGCAGAAAGAGCUGAAAAAUUUCCUACAACUGUUCUAUGUCUGGGAUUGUGCUACCCUGUCUUAUUUUUUUUUUAAUUCUUUGCAAAAACAUCUGGUUUCCAAACAGUUUUUAAUGAGCAGCCAGUUAGACGAAAUUUACCAGAAUCAUAAAAUUGUGUCAGUUAACGGGAAAUUGUAAGAAGAAAUUGUGACACUGAUCAAAAUAACCUCCGAAUGUGAAUGCUACUUCUAAAGAUGGGCGCACAAAAAGGUCAUUAAAAUAGUAAUGAAAACAAUUUGUAACACCGAGAGCUGCAGUAGAGCAAAUACUACCAUCACUGACAAUUAAUGUGUGUACAUAGAUGUGACUACCUACAACUGUCAUGCAGAUAGAAAUGCACUUUAUACCUGAUGUAUUCAUGAUUUAAGAACAAAAUGUACUAACUUUAAAUACUAAAUUCUGUCUUUUGAUUUUUUUUUUAAGGUUUAUCAUCCCAUUUCUACUCUUUUGUGAUCAUUGAAUCUAUAGCUGAAAUUAAGUGGUUUGUUUUUUCCCCCCAUCUAUUCUCUUAAAUAUCCCUUUCCUAUGUAAAAUUUAUGUCUUACAAAUGUUUUAUUUUUGUACUCAUUGUGCAUUUAUAUAUAUUAAAUCCAAACAUUUAAAUGAAGGAACUGUACUCUUACAACUGAGCCAUC